AUGGCCUGCGAUAUCAGGAUGAUUGACAUAAUGAAAGAAAUUGGUUGUGUCGAUGGAUUUCACAUACCGGUAGCUAACGAAGAAAAUAAAUCGCUUGAAAAAGAAGUAUGCAUUAUUAUUUAUUUGUAUGUGUCUAUUUAUUUAAAUUUAAACAAAAAUAUGGGUAUAAUAUUAGAUUUAGAAUAUCUUAUAGAAAAAUCAUAAAUAAUUGUUCUAAAGUUAUGACGUCAUAAUUAUCUCCUAGAAUAAGUAUGCGCUGCGAAGUUUUAUAACUUAUAUUUUCUUUAUAUUUGAUCAUUUUUUAAAUACAAAUUGCACUAUAAUCUUUACAUGUAUAUUUUUUUUGUUCAUAGAAUAUAAAUAGUUUCCGUUCUGUUCAAUGUAUUCUAUCUGUUUCAUUUUUGUUUUCUAAUUAUUUAUCCUAUCUAUCUUCAAACAUAAUUGCCAAGUUGUGUUUAACACUUCACAGUAAAUUACUAAAAAAAAAAAAUUAGAUUUUAAUUACAAUGUGAUAAAAUGUUAAACAGAUCAAAGAAUUGCUGCAAAACAAAGCGAGAUUGUUGGUGACCGAGGAAUCAUUAGACGACGAAUUACGUGAAUAUAAAAAUAUAUUCAAGAAUUUAUCGAUCCAAGAGGCACAGAAUCAGGUAAAACGAUCGAUUUCAGAAUUCCCUAUAUCUAAGGACGAGUGCUGUAAAGAAUACAAAAAAUAGAAUUUAAAUAAAAGUAAUUUCUCUCAGUUAUAUUCAUAAUAAAAUAUACUCAUAUUAUAAAAUUUGAACUGAUAUCGAUUAAAUUAUACAAUUAUUAUAAUUCAUUAUUAAAAUUAUUUUUAGUUUUUGAAAUUAGUAUCCAACUCACGUUAUAAGUUUUUUUUAGAUUAUCUUUAAUUGAAGUAUCAACUAUGGACACAAUUUUGAUUAGGUUUUUAGUUUUUAUAAGUUAUAUAUUUUAUAUUUAAUAAAAUAAAUUAUACUAAAUAUUACACUAUUUUAUUAUUAAAUAUAUCGAAUAGAAAGGUACUUUUUAAUCAAAGUACUAUUUAUAACAUUUUUGAAGUAUGACUACUUAAAUACUAUACUUGUUUGAUAAUAAUUAUAAACGAUUUUUUGUGUUUAAUGUACUUAAACUUUUGUUUACAUUUUCAUUACCUACGUACUUACGGGUACUUUAUAAUACUAAGGUAAUAAUACCUUACUUACAUGUAGGUAUUCUAAAUUUAUAAUACUAAGAACGAAUAAAUUAAUCAUUCUCGAUGAGACACUCAUUAUCUUGGAAAGUAGUACUUUUUUUAGAGUUUGUUUUUAGAUAAUAAAAAAAAAAAAUAAGCAAAAAAAUGCAGUGGUUUUCAACCUGGGGAUCACGACCCAUAAAAGGGUUGCGAGUGAUAGAUUGAUGGAAAUUAAAAAUGUCAACACCAAAAUUCAUCUAUAUACGAUAUUUUAGUAAAGAUUAUUGUUCGAAAAUUAAAAGUAAGUAAGGAUUUCAAUCCCAAAAUUAAGGUUGACAAAUAAAAAGGUUGAAGUUAAAUGUUUACUAUUUUUGAACUGCGUGUAUUGCUACUCAAUAAUAAUAAUAUGCAUGCAUACAUAUUUGUCAACUAUAGAGGAAUAAAUACCAGUAGGUACGUUUAGGUAUUUAGAAAGUAUUUCAAUUACAUUUUUUUUGAGCAAUAUUUAUUCAUGUUGUAAUUUAAAUACCUAUCUAUAACUAUUUACCUACCUUUUAAAAAAACAUGUAUUCUUGACAAUACUAAUAACAAUAAUAAUAACGGUUAAUUUAUAUAUACAUGUAAAUUAUUAUUUAGGUAUUGAAAAUAAUAAUAACAAUAAUAUAAUACGUGUGUAUUUCUACAUAUUAUUAAAGAUAUAUUGUAUAUAAUAUAUAUAAAUAAAAAAAAAACAAAUAUUAUGUAUUUUUUUUUUCAUUAUUUUCGUAUACUUAUAGAAACUGAUCAUGGCCAAUCGCCAACAAUAUGAGACAGAACAACAUAUGUUGAUAACGGCCCAGAGAGACAACGACAAUUUGUCCCGGGAAAAUAAAGCGGCGACGAAAACGCUGAACCAACUGAUCGACGAUAAUAAUAAAUUAGAAGUACGGGAAAAGUAUAUAAAAAUAAAUAAAUAAUAAUUCAGCAUUGUAAUACGAUAUAGUGUUAUACACACCAAUUGGAAUUAUUGUGAAAUAAUUCCAAUUUCAUUAUUUCAGUGUUUAAUCUGUGGGGGGGGGAGGGUGAUAUAAUUCACAUUCAUAAGAAUUAUAUUAUAAAUACAUAAGUUGUACUUGAAGGAUCAGAGCUUUUGACCUUCUACCCCCUUGAGUUGAAAAGCAAAUUAGAAAUAUGAUAGCCCAAUUUAACAAGCAAAACAAUUAAUUAUGUUCGAGUAUACUCACACGAUUGCUAUUUACGUAAAUCUUAAAAUUACGUUAAUUAUCUUAAAGUACGUAAAUUUUAAAUCACUAAAAAAGUUACUGCUUAUGGGCAGGCCACUGUUGUAGAUAAGAAGUUGAAAAAAUAGAAUUAUAUAUAAUUUAGUUAAUGACUGUAUGCACAAAUAAAUGGGCAAAUAUCAAUUGCAUCGGAAAUCGCAAGAAAAGAAGAAAAAUUAUAGAAUAAAAAAAGGGGGAUAUCCCAAGUGUGUCCCGUUUAAAAUUUUUACCUUUUUCAUGACCCGAGUACAUCCGCAAUCUUAUCGACAAUUUUUACAGAGCCACGAAUUUUAUUAUAAAUAGAACUUAAAACACUUGUAAAAAAAUAAUGUUUUUUUUUUUUUAGAUUCAGAGCAUAGCGAUAGGGAUGUAUUGGUUUUACAAUGAUUUUUAUUUUUUUUUCUAUGUGCAACUUUUCUAUCAGAAAUUUUGCUCUGAUGUAUCAUGUGUAGUACCUUUUCUGAAAGAAAAUGUUAUCUAGUUGGUACUUUAAAGAUGUCAUUUUUUAAUUUUUCAAAUGGUUUUCAUAAUAAUAGGAAAAACUGGAAAAAACGUAGGAAAAACGGGAAAAUGUACAAAUAUGUAUAAAAAAAACGUGGCUCUUAAUUGUUUUUCGUUAGCAAUGAUUUAUCGUUUCAUAUAGAUAUGAAUUGAAUUCCCCUCUGUAUCAUAACUUUCCAACUUCUCAUACACAACAGUGGUCCACCCAUCGUAUGAAGUAUAUCUCCGCUUUUUUUACUAUAAAGUACAUUCCGUGAAUAUUCCUGUUUUCACCUUUUCCCGGUUUUCCUGUAUUAUUAAGAAAAGUAAAUAGGAAAAUCAAAAAAGGACUUAAUGCACCAACCAAAAAAAAAUGUCCACCGAAAACAAUAGAAUUUGCCUGGUGGAAUGCUUGAUGUUAUUUAAUAAAGCAAGAUUUCUUAUUUAUACCGUUAUAAUUUUCAUAUUUAUCUAUUUUUAUUAUUAAGUUAUCUUUGUAAAAAAAAAAUCUCGCAGGGGUUAUUGCCUUCAUUGCAUCCUCCUCAAAUGCACUACUAAUAUUCUUACUAGUAUUUGCGGUUUGAAGUGGAAAAUUAAACACGGAAUUAUAAAAUUCUCAUUCGGUGCAUUUUGUAUAAUAUGAAGACAAUGUUAAUGUUAUAAUAAUUGUAUACGCAUAAAUUUCGCGAUUUUCUCUAAUAAAGUAAAAGGGAAUAACGUUCAUACAUUCGUUCGAGCGUUCCCACUGCCCUAGUAUACUAGCUACUCCGGUGACAUGCUUCAUUUGAAUAACUCGAUAAACCCAACCUGUCUGUACCCGGUCUGUAUCUACGAUACGGCGAAACGACUCAAAGUCUGAGUAGUUUUAUAAGUGCAUUAUGCAGGAAAGUAUACUACACUAUUUACAAUAUAUGAUGCAUAUUUUAAUGUUCAUAUAUUUUAAAAUUAUUGCGUAUUGGGCUCUCGUCUGUUAUUGUAUUUAAAAAAAAAUAAUUAAAAUACUCUUAAAAGUAAAUCUAAGUUACUUGACUAGGCUUGGUUAGAAUUUUUUUUUCGGAUCGUAAAUAACACAGCGUCAGAAUAAAUUAUGACCUAUUUAUAAUAAUAUAUUUUAUUUUCGUUUUACGCGUAGAUACCUAUAUAAUAUACUUUAAUAAUAUUAUUAUGUUGCAAAACCAUUUUUUUUUUCUGUUAUAUUAUAGUUUAUAGUAAUAUUUUACUUUCACUGAAAUAAUACUAUAUACAUAUUGCACUUACAAGCUAUACAUUUAUGUUCUAUUUUAUUGUUCAAAAAUUGUAGUUGUCAACCAGGUUUGUAAUUUAUUGACAACUAUCAUUAAUUGAUCGUUUAUAGAAUAUAUUUUAUUGACGCGCAAAUUUUGUGUUUUAAAUGUUACCAAUCAGCACACGAAAUACUGUAUUUUACAAAACACGCGCAGGCGUGUUUUAGAUUCUGAAUAAGCUAUUAUAGUUUUGCAAAAAUAUGAUUUGUCUUCACACGAUGCACACAAAUAUUCGGAAUUUCGGCCGACGGCACUUGAUUUCAAAUAUUUAUCGAUAUUUUUAACAGUGCACCCCCUAGGUUCUUUUUUUUAAUUUUCGUCGUUUUUCGGGUUACCUUGAGGAUAUGGGAAAAACACUUAACGAAUGUCGCUCAAAAUCGUGUUUCGGUUACAGUGCAUAGAUAAAUUAAAUUACUCUAUAAAGUAUACACUCUAACUUUCGAACCACUCACAUACAACAGUAGCCUACCCAAGUAUGUCAUGUUUUUUAAAUUAGUAAAUGUUCAGACAAUUGUGAAAGUUUACAUCGGCGUUGCGCAGUAUAGAUUUUCCCAUUUUUCCUGCGGUUUUUUUCCUUUAGUUUCCCCUUAUCGUUACUAAGAAAAUAACAGGGAAUAUGAAAAAUAAAAAAUAACAGUCCGCGCACCAAAAUACUAGAUAAAAAUUGAAAUCUUAAAAUACCUGAAAUCAUCAAUGCAAUAUUUAUUAUGUCGACGAUCGGGACAAAUCUUCUGUUUGAUACCUAUAAACAAUCAUACAGGACGUCGGCUUUUUGUUAUAAUAAUAUUUGAGUUAAUGAGUUCACAUUGUUGUGUAGCGAAUAAACACGGUACGUAUUUUCCUAUUUUUUUUUUUUUCUUCUGUAUGUACUCCGUUCGGACAACGCGAGAUUAAAUAAAUAAUGUCACUACUGUCCAUCUAUGUUAUCCAGAAAUGGCGGGUUUUCCAUGUGAAAGUUUUGAACGUUAUCCAGCAUAGUGCGGAUUGAAUAUGAAACCGAAAUGCAUUAAACGAGUACUCAGAUAAGUGUGUAGGUAUAUCUUUAUAAAUAGUGAGCGUAACAUAAUGCAUUUGUGCACAGGUGUAUAUAUUAUAUUUUCUUUUAUGAAACGUUAGUGUGCUGUUUUGCAUUUUACGCACAUUUGAUAUAUAUACAUAAUAUUGCGUCACUGUCUUAUCUAACGGCGAUACAAUACACACAUUUUCAUAGUUUCAUACAACAGUAUAAGAGAAAUAAUAACCAGCGAAAAUACAAAUGGUAUCCAGUAUUCUAGUACCUACCAAUCCUGCUACCAACUUAUUUCGUUUUCAAAUCGUACUUGGAAGAAUGUAUUUGUAUUUCUAUAACGAAAGAACUUUGUUAUUAAAUUCUCUAUAAAUGUGUGUGUAUAUUUUUUUUUUAGAAUGCAGCUAUAAUAGGCUGAAUAGGUAUAUUUGGUGAUGAGUAAAAAAAAAAAAAAAAAAAAAAAACAAACAAAAGAUCAUCGACAAAUCAUUAAUUAGGACCUGAAUGUAUUGGUUUUAAAAGUAUGUUUUUAAAUUUUUUUUUUUUUUAUGUCCGAAAAGCUCUUUUCUACCAGAAACCGUACUCUGAUUUUUAAGUAUUGUAUAUUUUCUGAAAAAAUUUAUAUGUAGUUGGUGUAUUUUAGGAUGGUAAUUAUUUGAUUUUCCUUAGAGUUUUCUAAAUAACUGGGAAAAAAACGCAGGGAAAAUAGGAAAGGCCAAAGAAAUAACGGUUUUGUGAUUUUCAAUUUUAUUUUCUUGUUGUAAUCCAGUUAAAAAUAGUUGUAGAAAUCGGACAUUUUUACAGAAUACUUAUAUUAGCCUUGUUUUGAUGUGUCUAACAUAUUUUGGUAAUUUUUAACUAUUUAAAGGUACAUUUGAAAUUUUCGAAGAUUUUUAGUUUUUUUUAUUUGGUUUUAUAUGAAAAAAAAAAAUUUUCCUCUAGCAGAAGUUCUAGAAAACAUUUGUGUGUUCACGUUUUAUGAAAACCAUAAAAACCACGGAAUUUCAAACAUAUAUAACCAAACUUCGCUCAGAAUCAUAAUUCAUUAUCAAUGAUUUUUUUUUCAUACAAAUAUAAAUUAAACAACUUAUAAAUUUCUUACCUCCCCAAUUUCCAAACUACAACAAUGGUAUACACCCAUUAUACCCAUUAGCACGAUCAGCUCUUCUUAAAAUUUGCAUACGUAAAUAAAUGAAUAUAGGUACACAUUAUGAUGAUACUAUUUUAUUUAAAUGAUGACAAUAUUAUUAUAAUAAUUAUGUUCAAAUUAAAUUCGUGUUUUUAUAUGUUUAUUCUGUACACCUAUUAUCGUGUAUUAUUUAGAAUGAGUUGGCAAAAACCGAUGAGCAUAUUACAAGAAUGAGAGAAACCAUCGAGUGGGGUGAAGAAACGCUUUUGGCGUGGAAUAACGAUUUGGCCAAAGAGAAUACGGAUGUUAAUAUUCUCGAAAGAUACCAUUUGGAGGAUAAUAAUAUGUUCAAAGUAAAAUAUUACUGAAUAACUGGUUAUGAUUAUUUUAUAAAAAUACAUAUUUAUCAAUAUAUAAUUUGGAAUAUUUUAGGAAUUGGAUUUACGAAGAAAGUACCUUCAACGAGAUGUACUCGAAAGGGAAUCGAUCGUCGAAAAAGAAGUUAGUGAGUUGCUCCGAGUAGAAAGGGAAUUGGAACAAACCUCUAAACUAACCAGACAAGCACAACAUGAAAGAAACCAUCUGCUUGAACAAUGGGAGAAUGCGGCAAAUUUUUCAAAUUCUAAUCAUAAAGAAACACAACAUAUCGUAGAAGUCGGUACCUACACCUAUAUAGUUUUAAUAUAAUCAAUAUAAUCGAUUAAAACUUUAUUACAGGAAAUAAACAAAAUUAGAGAAGCUGCUCGAGAAGUUUAUGAAAAUAUGAUCGAAACCAAACGAAAAUAUCGAGACUUUUUAGAUGCUAACGAAGACCUAGAGUAUGAAAUAUAUGAAACGAAAAAAUUCGUAAACGAAUUGAAAAUAUCGAACCUUAAUCAAGUAUCGGAAACCGAGAAUAUGCAAUCAGAAGUAAGGUUUUGAAUAAUAUCUGUGAAUAUAUUAUAUUUUUUUGUCAAAACGAUAUUACACUAUUUACUAAUAUAUAACUUAAACAUAUUUUUGCAGGUGUUAGCUGCUCAAAUAGCUCUUAAUACUUUGGGUAAUUCGUUAGCCAACGAACGAACAAAACGUAGACACAUGCGAAACGAACAAGCCAAAUUAAAAACACGUAUACACCAGAAACAAGAAGAAAUAUCAAAAAUUAAGGAAAAUAUAUCGAAACUAAAAAGUCAGUCGAUGAACACCGAGGAAAGAUUAAACGAACUGAAUAGAAUUUAUGAAGUAAAUAUUUAUAAAAUUUGGAUUGGGAAUGCAUAAUAAACAUACUAAAAGUAUGUUGUUUGUGUAUUUGUUUUAGAACCAAAAAACUAUAAGUGAACGACUUUUGUCUGAAAAAAAUAAAGUGCUAAAUUCAACGUUUCACGUGCAAAACGAAAUAAAACAAUUACAAACUAAAAUCGAUCUGAUGAAUAAUCUAUUAGAACAGAAUCGCAAUAAACAGAUUAUGUUGAGGAAAGAAGAAUCCAAAACAAAACAAUUAAUUAUGGAGAAAAAGGAAGUUUCGUACAACUUGGUAAGCAAGCUGGGAUACCAGUUGUGUCAAAAAUCGCGAUAUAAUGAAAUUGUUAUUUGGAAAUGUUCGUAGAGCUUUCAAUUGGAAAUGGUCCGUAUUAAAAUCGACGAAGCAAAAGGUACCGUUGAUAUAGAAGAGAUGCAUCGUUUACGAGAUGAGUUGGAAACACUUAACCGAGAAUUGAGCCACGUGAAAGACGAACAGAAUCAACUGGAAAAGCAGUUAAAAUCAUCCGAAGUAGGUAUAUAGAUAAAAUAAUGUACAUAUGUACCGACAUGAUGAAAAUACCAAAAUAAACUAUUUUAGAGCGAAUCUCGGCGCAUAAUCAAGGAGAUCGAAAGAAAUAACGUCGACUUGGAAUCGUUUCGAAAUCGAGUUGAAGAGCUGAGCAUCCGUAACGAAGGAGGUAUACCGAAUAAACGCUAUCAUCAUCAUGUCAUUAUUAUGUACUGAAUAUAUAUUUUUGUGUUUUCUUUUUCUCGUUUAGGUGAAAAACAAAUUGAAUUGUUGAAGGAACAGAAUCACCGUUAUCACAUGGAUCAAAUGAUGGCUGAGCUCAAGGUGGAACAAAUGAAGAAGAUGACGGACAACGAGUGUGAGAAAGUGUACUCGUUGGCCCAGCAGCGGGAAGAAAUGACUUCGGUACAUCUUUAGGUUAUAAUUAUAAUAAACCUAACAGAAAAAAACAAUAGUAUAAUAUUGUAUAGUAAUACAAUAUUAUUAUAAUGGUGACACAACCGUGUUGUAUACUGCUACAGGAGAUAAACAGAAGGAAAGCCGAAGUAGCAGCCAUUUAUGAGCAGAUAAACUUUGAGAAAAAAACGUUGUCUGACGAGAAAUCUUUAGUGAAACGCAAGUUGGAUGCACUAGUCCAAUACAUUGAACAACGAAAGAAUAGGUAUGAGAUAUUGCUGGUGACUUUGGGUGGCUCUGGAGACGGCGGAGAUGAAGAAAGAGAUGAUGUCAAAUCGUCAUUUACGAUAAGCGAACAUCGGAUCAGACUGGCCCGAGAAAAACUUGAGCUCCAGGACACGGGCGACAGGUUGGACGAACGAGUCCAGAAGCUGGAGACCGAAAUCAGGGCCAUGGAGAACACGCUUCACGUAUUGAACGCUUCCAAUGAUUGUUACAAGUCCAGCCUGUGUUCCGUGAACCCACAGAGUCAGUUUUUAUCACUUUCAUUUUUCAGGCCAAGUGCCACUAGCUACUUUUAUUUAAUAUAUAGUGACAUGUAUGUGUUUUAGGCGAAGAGUACAAGGACAAGAUCCGUCUGGAAGAAACGUACGAUAAUCUUAACAGUGAGUGGUUGCAAAAGAAGAAGACGUUAAAGAGAGUACAAAACGAAAUCCGAGUAAGUUAAAACACACAUACAAUUACAAUUUAUUUUUAUUUUUGUUAACAUGAUUUGAUAAUUAUUAAAAUAUUCUAUUAAAAAAAAAAAAAAAAAAAUACACAAUAAAUUAAUUCCCAAAGGUAAUUUUAGACAGUUUUUAAAAUUGCGUUUUUGCAGUAGGAGAGAAAUUUCGUUAUUAUUGGUAAUAAAUACAAAUCAGUGAAAAUUAAAUGAUUCUAUCCAUAUUACUAUUUAUUAUUAAAUUUUGGUAUAUGUACUUGCAAUACGUUUUAUACGUUAAAAACUUUGCAUUAAACAGUAUUAUUAUACAAUUUUAUAUUAUUAUAACAAUACAAAAUGUAUAACAGGAUCUGGAGUCACAGUAUAAAAAAUGCAACGAAGAUUUGGAUGAUUUGAUAAACCUUCGAGACAUCAAAGAAAAUGAACUCGAACGUGCUCUUAAAGAGACCAAUGAACAAAUAAUGAAAUUAAACAGAGCGAAUAACCGAAUUCAGUUCGAUACGAAACAAAUUGAUAAAAGCUGCAAACCGGAUAAACGGAAUGCACUCGAGUUAAUAAAAGUACGAUAUUUCUAUAUAUCCCAUAAUUUUUUUAAUAAUAAAAAAUAAAAACGAUACAUUAAGCACAUUUUUUACCACCGCGACUUGUUGACAUAAAAUAUUAGAAGAUUUAGACAUGCAUUAUGAUAAUCGCGUUUAUGCUUUUAUACUUAAAAUGUAUAAAUCUUCUAACUUAAUUUUUAAAUUUAUUUGCCUUGAAAAAAUCAUAGAAAUAUUAAAUUUAGUCCAAAUAGUAUUAUUUAAAAUUAGUUAAAACUAGAUUAAAAAAAGAACAAAAUCCAUCAAAAAAAUAUAUAUACAUCGAUAUAAUCAUGGUUCUUGGCUCUGAAUGGAUAUUUUGCUGUAAAGUUAUGAUGUCAAUACAACUAAUGUGGAAUUCUCAAUACGGCAUUUAUAACUUUCAUGGUCUUGGUUUCUUAUAAGUACCUAUCUAUUAAAAAAAAAAUCUGGCAAGAGCAGAAAAAUGCGUUUUUCAAGCCCUCAUAAUAAAAACAAAAAAAAGCAAAUACAAACUUCAAGGUUUGUAAACAUAUAUACUAGUAAUUAAAAUUGAAUUCCAUUAAAGUUAACCAUCAUAAAAAUUUAAAACGAUUUUUAGAAAAAACAUUAAAUAUACGACUUGAAAAAAAAAAUGAUUUGGGUAUAAACCUUGGAUCCCCUCGUUUGGUUGUUAGUGUCUAAUAAUUGAUUUAAAAAAAAAAAAUACCUAACGAAUGGCGUAUUUUUUAGUGCUUAUAUUUCUCAUUAGUUUUUUAACGUUUCGUCAAACAGUGUUGUAACCAUUAAAAUGUAGCGGUGAAAGCAUAUCAUACAUCUAAACAAUAUAAAUUUCUUAGGUUUUGAUUUUGUAACACUGAAGUUCGAGUGUCUGAUGGGUUUUUAUUACAUGCGAAUUCGGUGUCAUUGGUCGAUAAUAUUUCUAAAAAUAACAACAAAUUUUGAGGCCAAACUCACAUACAUAUAAUGUAUAAUAUAUUCAUUCUAUAUUUAAAUAAGUGAUUUUCAGCGACAUUAAAUUUUUUAGUAAUUUGUGUAUACAUAAUAAUUAGUAAUAAAUAAUUAUAUUUUAUUAUUUUAAUGCAUAUUUAAUUUAUGCAUAGAAGACAGUCAAUAGUUAAAUGCCAAUAUUUUAUACAUGUUGGGGUCUGAGAUUCCUCCAGACAUAAAUAUUACUGAGGACUCCAGCUGCGUUCGUGGCCUGGCGGCUAUGCGCUAGAUUGACACUGGUUAUUAACUGGGUAGGUAUUCGUUAAACUUAACAAGUGAUUUUUACCUAUAGCGUUUUCGACAGAAGCAGCUAACUUGAUAUGAUUUGCUUAAAAUGUAUUUAAGUACUUAAAACAAACAAAAAAGUUUACAACCUAUUAAAAUAAAAACCAGGGCUUAUUAUAGAGAAAUAUUUCAGAUUUAAUGCGUUCCCCGGAGCGAUUUUGGGUUAAUAUUAUGUAAUGGGCAAUAUUAUUUUAACAAGCAGAAUCACGAACAUUUGGUUUUUUUUUUUAUUUGAAAAAUGAAAAAAACUUGUUAAUUUCGGGUUUCAUGCAAAUAUUUAUGCUAAAUAUUCGCAAAAAUAAUUGUUUGCGAAUAAUUAUUGGCUUUAUAAUAUAAAGAAACCGAACAAAGAAAUAUUAUCGUUGCAACAACCGGCGUAAAUUACUAUAGUCAUGCAAUCUCAGCAAACUCGUAUUCUGGUAAGGGUCGUUUUUUUUCUAUAAUUAUUUUUAGCGCUAUCCUUAAGCGACCAAAUUAUUUACAAUUACCUAUCCAUAAAGAUUUUUUUUCAAUGAUCAUAUCGCUACGUACAUGUACUUGUGUACAAACAUAUGGUGGGGUUAAGGGUUGGAAGUUCAAAUUUUCAAAAUUCAAACCCGUGACAAAAAUGCUAUUUAUUCACAGACAUUUUAACCAAGUAUACUAUACUUCAAUGAAUCUGUAAGGUUAUUUAAAAUCCGCUACCUAAAAUAUGCUACCUACAUAAGAUGAACUGCUGUGCGCAAUACGAAUAUUGGAAAAUCGGUUAAUGAUCGAUGAUAUUGUACAAAACAUAAUAGUUCUAUAUUAAGUGCUUUUUGUUUUCAUAAUCUAUGUAUAACUUUGCUUGAACGAUCACAAUAAUAGUAUUCAGGGGCGGCUCCAGAGACUCGGUAGGCAGGAGGCCAAGUCAUAUUUUUCAGAAAACUGUAUAAAAAACAUAUUUUAUAAGUUGAUUUUUAUUUGUACAUUUAUUUUUAACAAAAAUACGGGCUUAGAGGGGGCCACGGUCCCUAGCCCCCCCCCUGAAGCCGCCCCUGCGGAAGUCCGUAUCCGAGUCACACCUAACCUAUAAUGAGUGGUCACCGGUUAGGUCAGGUAAUAAUAGUGAAAUCAAAAAUGACCGCGGAAAAAACAAUUUCCGAUAAAAAAUGUUUAUACGCCGAAAUCGCUACUGCAAAAGAAAAAUAAUAACAAUGAUUCUACGCCGACAGUCGAUACGUGUAUAGUGUAUACAUUUAUAAUAUUACGCUUCAUUUUUAUCUGAUGACUAAAUAUUUAAUAUAGGUAAACUGUCCGACGAAUAAUAAUGAUAAUUUCCCAAAUCAGUGCACGUUCCUAUACGAUAUACACCGUAUAUUAAUAUCAUAAUAACACGGGUUUUUCAGGCGAAAUAAAAUUGUAAACCUAUCAAAUUAAAUUAUCGGGAUUUUACUGUUCCACAAGGAGAAUAAUAUGCAUUAAAAAUUUAAUUUUUUGGAAAACCUUGGGGGGGGGCAUAGCCCCAGCGCCCCCUCCCCCUGGAGCCACGCCUGAUAAUAUUACUUGUUUUCGUAGCGCGACAUUGCGGUGAGGUUGAUGAGAAAAGUGAACAAAACAGUUUUAGAAUUGUUAUCGGAAAUGUCCGUACGGGAUUUGGGAUUCGAACCGGUGGUCAAGCGGUAUUUGUCGGAAAAGGACUUGGAGCUACCCAUUGUGUCCGGUCUGACGAUGAUGAACAAAGCCAAAUCGAGUUGCGGUUCCAGCACCGGAGUAUCGUUGAUCGGCAGCAGCUGUAACGGCAGCGUGAAAAGGUGCGUGUCUAAAAACCAAAUAUUAUUUCACGAUUACAAUAUUAUUAUUGUGUUUAACGGCCUGUCGGUAGAGUGGAAUUUCGUGGUGUGAUUGAAAAAAACAACACACUUUAUAUUAUAUUAUUUUACACGCAUUAGUUAUUCGCCGCUAACGAAGCAAACAGCGUGUCAUUGUUAGCAUAUACUUGUAGUAAACGGGAAUGCCUGCAGCAGAUGUAUACACAUCGGAACGGAUAUGACAAAUCUUUUUUUUCUUUUAUUCAAUUUUUUUUCGAAAACCCUGUUAGAUGAUGCAAAGAUAAUUCGUGUUUGUCCGUGUUUGCACUUUCGACGGAAGCGUAAAAUACUUGUAAAGAUAAGUGAACGAAUCACUUCAAAAACUAUUUUAGUGAACGGCGCAUGUCCACUAAAAAUUGUAUGCGAAAACUAAUAAUAUUACCCAUAAUCUCUUCAGACAAAUUUUGUAGCGAUGGUCAAAAACUGCAGGAGUAAUCAAGAUAUUAUUGGUAUUAAACCCAAUUUUUAGAUAAUCACUUUUGGACUACUUGAAAAUCGGGUUUUUAGACUAUUGUGAACCGUAUCUUUUCAAAUGAAUGUAAAAUAUUAAUAUUAUAGGAAUACGUAUGGAAUUUUCAGAUUCUGAACGAAACGAUGAAUGUACUAGCUUUAGUACAAUGUGUUUAUUUUUUGUCUGUAAACAACCAGGUGCCUACCAAAAUUUCUUUCAAACCAAAAACUUUGUAGGAACUUUAUUGUCACAUUUCAAUCCAGUCGGUGCAUUGAGGAAGUCAUUUUUUGGUUUUUCUUGUAGUUUUCUUAAAAAAAUGGAAAAACUGGAAUUUUUGUUGAUUUCUGAUUUAUCUAGGUAUGAAGAAAAAACCAACUAAUAAUAAUAUGUUCAGAAUCGUUUUUUUAAUAUCAAUAGUUUUUCUUUAAAUAUAUGUGUAAAUUAAAAUACUCUUUAUAUUCUCCCUUCAGAGUUGCCUCCGAAAACACCCAUUAGCGGUAUCAGUAUUUCUUAAAGUAAUAUCAUAAUCGAUAUCGUUAUAAUAUCAUGUAAAGUUAAUAAAUAUUUAAUUUUAUACAAUAUUAAAUUACAGUUUUUCGGACGAAAACAGGAAGAGUUCUAAUUAUUCCACGGUGAAUUUGGAGCCUCCACUUAGAAGUCAUGUCCGGAAAUCCGGUAAGUGUGGGUUAAAGACUUAAAGUGUACUGUGUAUAUACUACACGUAUAGAAAUUAGAAUAUUCAUAAAUAUUUUUUUUUUAUAUUAUGUUUACGAGAUAAUGUAAUUAUUAUUAUUAGUUUUUUCAUAUUCCUUUAUGGUGUUUUACUUUUUCAUUUCAGUUGCGAAGGAAUUGUAAAAUUACAAUGUAAAAAUGCAGAAAAAUACCGAAACACUGACAAAUGAUCAAUAAUAUCAACAAUAUAUUUGUAUUUGUACGUAUUUUAUUAACGCAAUAUAAUUUAUGUUUCCAAUGUAGUGAU